CGUUCGAGGCUCGGUCGCUCGGUCGAAACCAAUCAGGAAGUGCCGCGUUCCCUGUCGGCGACAGCCCGGAGUGCCCGGAGGCGCGGUAUUGCGCAAUCCGGCGCCCGCCCGUUGGAGUGGGACUCGCUUGGAGCCGCUUCCGUCGACACUACGUGGUGCUCAUAGGUGCCAGAGCGGGCGCUUUCAAAGUUGUGGAAACAAGCGCGUAGUCGUCGUCCGGCUGCUGACGGAACUGUGCGUGUUCGUGUGUCAAGCUGUCAAGAGACACAUGGCUCCCCUCGUGCUCGGCUACUGGGACAUUCGAGGCAUCGGCGAGCCCAUCCGCUACAUGCUGGCCCACGCCGGAGUCCCCUACGAGGACAAGAGGUAUGGAUUCGGCGAUGGCCCGGAACCCAGCAUGGACGAGUGGCUGGCGGUGAAGUACAAGCUGGACCUGGACUUCCCUAACCUGCCUUACAUCAUUGAUGGCGACGUGCGGAUGACUCAUAGCCAGGCCAUCCUGCGCUACCUGGGACGCAAGCACGGCCUAGCACCGAAGGACGAGGAAACAGUGCGCAGGGUGGAAAUGCUCGAGCACCAGGCCUCCGACAUCGUGUGGGCUGCAGCACGCCUCUGCUACAGUCCCGACUACACUGAGGAGAAGCGGGUCCAGUUCCUGGUCGACAUCGCGGACAAGCUGCGCCAGGUCGACACCUACCUGGCCAAGCACGGGCCAUUCGGCGCAGGGAAGAGUGUCACAUACGUGGAUUUUCUCCUCUACGAGGCUCUCCAGUUCAUCAAGACCUUGGGCCCAAGCACCUUCCGCAAAGGCUUCCCUGCCCUUGAGGAAUACUGUCAGCGCGUGGCUGCCCUGCCGGGACUGAAGGAGUACCUUUCGUCUGACCGCUUCAAGGCCUGGCCCAUCUUGGCCCCUCACGGCAAGAUUCUCGCGGGGCAGAAGCCUCCCGCCGACGUCUGCUGAGCGAUUCGGUCGAGCGAUCAGAUGUCCUUUCUCUUUCUUUCUUUCUUCCUGUGGAUUGCCUUGCUUCAACAAUGAUAUUCUACCUCUUGCGUUUACUGUUUAAAAUAAAGCAUUUUUGCUUUUA